AUGCACAACUCGACUGAUCUGUUGAAGGGAAAUCGUGAAAAAAUGUUCAAGCCAAGGAGACUAACCGUUGACCUACACUCUUUUUCCUUUAUUGACGCCUCCAGUCGCGCCGCCGAGCUCUCAAGCGCUAGCUCGACAGGAUCCUCUCUUUCCAUGUCACAGCUCGGAGGAUUCGCUCAAUUCGCCACCCCCGCUUUCUCAGCUUCGUCGACCUAUGUCGCCUCUAGCGCCCCUCGAAGCGCUCCACCCAACAGAUCAGGAUCGUCCAGCCCAUCGCUUUCAUCAUCAGGAUCGCCCGCGUUCGGAGGAUUGGAUACAGACGUCGUGAAUGUCAUCUCCAACGGCGAGCUGUCCAUGAUUAUCAAGCGACUCAUGUCUAAGCGUGACACGACCACAAAAGUGAGGGCACUGGAGGAUUUGGAAAAGUGGGUCAGGGCUCAGACAGAGGAUGACGAGACUGGGUCGUCGGCAGCAUGCCAGGAGGCUAUUGGACCCUGGAUCAAGCUUUACAUCAAGCUGACGACUGAUGUAGAUCGACGAGUCCGCCUCAUGACCAACAAUGUCCACUUGCUCUUGGUCAAGCGUGUGAAGAAGAAGCUGGCACCGUAUCUGAAGGAGGUGAUCGCCGCCUGGAUCGGCACCUUUUUCGACCCCACCAGGGACGUUGCUCGUGUGGCCGUGGAGGCGUUCAAGAGCGCUUUCCCUGACAAUAAGCGAGAGCAAGUGAUUUCGUUCUGCUUGCAGGAUAUCAUCUAUUACAUCUCAGAGAUCCUUCUAAACAAGACGCCAGAGACUCUGAGCGAUCCUCGAUUCAGCACUAAAGAAGAGAUGGACACACGCUAUGCCAGAGUUGCCUCGAGCUCGCUUUAUACCCUUGGAUACAUCAUUGAUACUCUUUCACCCGAGGCACUAGAGGAACAUGCCGACGACAUUGGACAGUUCCUUGAUGAAGCCAAACUCUGGGCAUUCUUUGGUCAUGGAAACCCACUUGUCAGGAGAGCUAGCUAUAACAUGUUGCGGACAGUCACCACGAAGGCUCCUAGCUUGGCCAAGGAGAGACUGAGCAUUGUGAGCAAACACUUGUUCCCUGCAGCAUUCUCAGACAAGGACACUACUACUCACGGAGACAUGUGGGACGCUGUUCUUGUGUUCACCAAAGCCUUCCCCGAGUCAUGGACGAUUGUUGCCGAUAAGAAGCCCACUAUGUCACUCUUUGCAGGAUUUCUCAAGGCUGCAGGAUAUGGCUCCGCCACUGCAACGUACCGGAGUAUUCUCCCUCUUAUUGCCAGCUGGGGCGACGAGUCCGUCCUGGGCAAGAAUGGCACAGGAUUCCCUUUCGCCAAGGAUUUUUUCGAUCACUUUUGGAAGGGUCUCGAGAGCCCCAAUAUCGACAAGGAGACCGGGUCGACUCUGCUGUUUAUCGAGGCUUACUUGGAGUGCUUGGUCUAUUUCACUGUGAGAUUCGGUAAAUCCGAGACGACAAAGCAAGGACAGGACGCUGCUCUUGCAGCAUUUGUGGCGCUCAACAAGACCUUUAUGACCUUGGCAGACAACGGAAAGAUCUCGGCCAAGUUCACCCAGUCUGAGCAGGGUAUUGCCAAGAAGAUCAGCACCCACCUUGUUCGCUUGCUCACCAUUCCUUCGGUCUCGGAGCGUGCUUCUGUGGAUAUUUGGCAGCCGACAGUCGAAGCAAUGAGCGAAAUCGUUUCAGGCGAGACAAACGAUGUCUACGUGAAGCGUGGCAAGCGCGCCAUCCUGCUUCUGGGACAAAUUGCCUCUCUUGCUCACGAGAAGCAGGACAAGGCUCUGAUCGAGUUGACCGAGAAAGCCGCAGACCAGCUUGUGCAGAUUGUGGCUACCCAGUGCUCAGGCACCCAAUCGUUUGGGCCAUCGCAGCUUCUCUCAUCUCUGGCUGUUCAUUUUGAAGUGGCCGUGUUCUCGAACCCAGCCAGUCAGAAGGCCAUGCAUGACUUUUUUGAACUACAGUUCGCCGACAUGUUGUUGACCUCCGAGGAUCAGGAUUCAUCUAACGAGGGGGUCAGCCAAGGUGGCGAAUCGCUGCCUCACCUUUUGGAUCUUCUCGCGGGAUACCUUGGCAACACCAAGGAGCAGGAGCGAUCGACUCGCAUCUGGCAGCAGGUCAUGACCAAGGUUCUCAAGGAGACUGACGAGGGUACCAACCAGGAGCGACAGAGUGUUAUCUUGCGCGGAUUGCUUGACCGCACCUCUGCAGUUUCUCCUGCCAUUGAUCUAAAGCUCGGAGCCAUCGAUGACUUUGUCACUACGAUUGUCGUUGAUCAAAAGUACAAGGAGUCCAAGUCCUAUGAGGAUCUCGUGACUGGCGCCUUGUGUUCGAACGCCAUCAUCCCGGAUACCCUCAAGCUGGCAGUAUUUGACACUCUUUCUCAGCGUCUGGACCUCUUUGUCUCAGAUGUCAUGGGUGCCCAGGCGAUGGGCAAGCAUGCCGAGGCUUCGGCCAUCCUGACCAUCAUCCUUAAGUCCUUGAGCCAUAUUGUGCCCUUGUCGAUUGAGAACAGUGCAGAGGUGCCCCUGCAGCAAAUCACUAAGGCUGUGUUUGACCUCAGCUGCCAGUCAGAGGAGAAUCUCAGCGAGGCUGCCCAGCAGAACCUUGAUGAGCUGCAGAGGCUGUCGGAGGAGUCGGAAGAUAUCCAGUUUUUUUUGCGUGAUUGCCUCACCGAUCACAUCUGCGACUGCAUCCAGAACUUGCAGCGCUUCACCAGCCCCGAGGACCUCGCUACCCAGGCUCAGAAGCUAGCAGAUUUCCUCAAUCUGUCCGACAUCGCCGAUCGCUUUGGACUUUUGAGCGCAUUCUUCUUUGAUAAGGAUCACUGGAACUCACUGUACAAGACCCUCUCCGCCACCGGUGCCCAUCGGUCAUUGGUCAUGCUGGACCCUGUUGUUGAGGCUUACUACGCAGAUACCAAGACCCAGCACGUAUCGGCGUCGGAACAUACCAACGUCCACUACGACAGCUUUGGUCUCUCCGCCUACGGUCGUCUGGCACUCUUCACCUAUGAGCUCUUAAAGAAGGAGGAUGUGAUGGUUUCGCUAUUCUUGUCGUUCCCUGAGACGAUGACCUGGGUCAUGGGCGAGCUCCUCAAAGUUCGUCAGGGAUGUCUUGAUGCUUUCCAGGCCCCUUCUUCAGAGGCCGGCGUGUUUUACUCGCCCAACCUGCAUAAGGAUGCCAACGAUGUUGUGUUCAGGACGUUGUUGCGCGAACUAGGCUCCAUGGUGACAAGCUGGAUCACUCUGGCGCUGGAGGAGAAUUGGGAGUCGCAGUUGAUUGAGGUUUUGACUAAGGGACCUCAAGCAGCAGUUACAUCGAACGAUGAUGACGACGAGUCUGGAUGCAGCCCCGUAUAUUUUGCUCGUGAAGCUCUUUUGGAGCAAGAUGGAUUCAAGGAGCGCGUCCUCGCUGAUGUUGUCGAUGCCCUGGCUCAGUCCGAUUCCUCAGAUAUUUCUCCUGCCAAUGCCAAGGGAUGGUGCCUGCUCUUGAAGAGCGAAAGCGUUCCCUUGUCGAUAUCUACUGGAUUGGUCAUUGCGCUCAGGAAGAGGCUGGAGAACACCAACGAGUUUACCAACCUACUCAACCAGUGGGUCACUACCCCCGUUCGCCCCAACGAGCUUACUGUUCAAAACACCGAGACUAUCCGUCGCCUCUCGCUCCUUGUGGCCGCUUUGAUGGGUCCAGCGGACGAAGAGCCCUCAAUCAAUCUUCCUCAGUUGCGUGCCAUGAACCUGCUGCAAUCUAUUCGUCGCUGGAUUUCAGACUCGGACGUUUUGAAGGACUUUGAUAACCAGAAUGAACUUCUCGUACACUCGUUGGUUCUGCGACUUCUCAGAGCCUUGGCCUUCCAGGUGCAGGAGCUUCCCGGUGCACACUGGGAGAUGAUGUUUGGCCAGAUAACCGUUGCCUUUGAAGGACUUUCAGAGACCGACUCUACUCCUUUCGGAAUGCUCGUCCUUGAGAGGGCAUGCCGCUUGACGUUGACUCUUAUCGACCUUGCACAGGACGAGGCCGACAUUAUGAACGCCUGGGAGGAGCAUAGUGAAGGAAUCUUGGUCCGUGCGAUGAGAGUUAUCGGACGUGAGGAUUCUACUCUGGAAGCCGCUUCGUUGAAGAUGAACCGCCCUGUCCGUCAAUACAUGGGUGUCUUGUCUCAGGUCUGUGGCUAUGCCUCUGACAAGCUUGUCUUGGCUCAUGGAUCAGUGGCGAAGCAGUGCCGAAUGUUGAUGGAGCCGUUGACAUCUUUGCAAAUGCUCGCCUACAAGCAGCUGCAAACCAUAUUGACUGAGGAAGUGCAGACCUUGUCCAUUCAGAUGGAGCUCAAGGCGCCCACUAGCCCUGUUGUCGAUCCUGUCGAGGACAAAGCUGCCGACGAUGCUACUACAGUCAGCGCUGCUACAGAGGACAAGAUGACAGAGCCAAAGUUUCCCGCCUCGCUUUGGGCCAUCAUAUCCAGCCCACCUGCCGGAUUCCCAGCUAUGGACGUGGAUGUAGAUGCGGAUGACGAAAAGAACUUGAAAAAGGAGUUUUCGCUUCUGUCGACCGGGAGCAGCCACAAUGACGAGGACGACGACGAGGAAUAUGGAGUCGGUGCCGGUGUCGCUGCCAAAUCUGAGACCAUCACCUCACACGCCGUGCUUGGUUACCUUUUGGCGUGGAAGCUGGCCUUUGCCAUCUUUGAAAACACUACAUACGCUGUCAAGUCUCGUUUGGUCGAGCAGCUGAGGACUUCAUCGGCGAUGAACGAUUUCUUGCCAUACCUGUUCCACCUCCUCGGUAUCCACUCUGCAUCAUCCUUGGUCAGCGACUCAUCUUCUGCCAGCCAGACAGCCUCAUCAGCAUCCAACGAUGCUCAGGCCGUCGAGCUGUUUGAUUUGAGCCGCUGGGAUAUCACCGAAUACCAGGUCGUUGGCUUUGACCUGUCGUCUCCCGAGAUUGGAUUCCCACUCUUUGCAGGACACCUGUACUACACCUGCUUGGCGAAUGUGCCCAGUUUGGUUCGUAUUUGGUGGACCGAGUGCAAGCUCCGCCAGCUCAGCAUUGCAGUCGAGUCGCUGACAGAGAGGUUUUUCUCGCCUUUGUUGAUCACUCGCGAGCUUAAUUCGCUUGUCAAGGCUCAACAGGCUCCUGCCCAGGGUGGUAAUGCAGCAGCAGCAGCAGCACUUUCGGGGGUCACUGACGAUUUGAACGAGCUCCAGAUCAAGACCUCGAAGGCGACGUCGGAGGUCACGGCUUCGUUCCAGAUUGACGAGGCGACCAUGGAGAUUGUGAUCCGGUUACCGACCAAUUUCCCACUUCGCCAGGUUGAAGUCGAGGGUCUGCAGCGUGUCGGUGUCAAGGAGGCCCGCUGGCGCGCAUGGCUGCUGGCUGUUGCUGGUGUGAUUGCCGCCCAGAACGGGUCGUUGAUCGAUGCGCUGUCGUUGUUCAGGAGGAAUGUGGGUCUGCACUUUGAGGGUAUGACCAAAGAGAUCUCACAGGCCUCAUUCCACAAGAACAUGACAUUCCGCGUCUUGAACGCCAAAAAGACACCAAAGAUGAUCAAGAAAAUAGGAACCACAGCAGGGACCAACAACCUCCAGACUCCCACCGAUGGACUGCGACAUCGAAUCCACUGGCCAUGGUUUGAUUUGAUGGUGUUGGUACAACUUCAGUGGAAAUAG